AUGACUGCCCACCGAGUGCCCGCCGGCCCUGCCCUGGGCCCGCUGCUGCUGCUGGCCACGCUGCUGCCCGGAGCCGCUCUGGCCUCGGAGAUCGUGGGUGGCCGCCCGGCCCAGCCCCACGCAUGGCCCUUCAUGGCGUCCCUGCAGCGGCGUGGAGGCCACUUCUGUGGUGGGACCCUCAUCGCCCCCAACUUCGUCAUGUCGGCGGCCCACUGCGUGGACGGCUUGAACUUCCGGUCGGUGGUGGUGGUGCUGGGGGCGCAUGACCUGGGGGCGCGCGAGCCCACCAGGCAGUCGUUCACCGUCCAGCGGGUCUUUGAAAACGGCUUCAACCCCAUCAGGCUGGUGAACGACAUCGUGCUCCUGCAGCUCAACGGCUCGGCCACCAUCAACGCCAACGUGCAGGUGGCCAGGCUGCCCGCCCAGAAUCAAGGCGUGGGCAGCGGCGUGCAGUGCCUGGCCAUGGGCUGGGGCCAACUGGGCACGACCCGGCCGCCGCCCAGGAUCCUACAGGAGCUCAACGUGACCGUGGUGACCACCCUGUGCCGCCGCUCCAACGUGUGCACGCUGGUGCCACGCCGGCAGGCCGGCAUCUGCUUCGGGGACUCCGGGGGGCCCCUGGUCUGCAACGGGCUGAUCCAGGGCAUCGACUCCUUCAUCCGCGGCAGCUGCGGCUCCGGGUUCUUCCCCGACGCCUUCGCCCCCGUCGCUCAGUUCGUGGACUGGAUCAACUCCAUCAUCCGCCGCCCGCUCGCCCUCCCGCCCGCGCGCCCCGGCCAGCAGGACCCCGAACCAGGCGCCGCCCACACGCCGCCCACCCCGCAUCGCCCGCAUCCCACCCAAUAA